AUCAUCGCCACCUCGUGCACUUGGCUUUUCAGCUUUUCAUUAUUAUCAUGAGUGACGAUAUCCAUUACGGUUCCCGACCUGAAGACGAGAUUCGCUACGGCGACCACAUCUCUCUGAAGCAUAACAUGACGGGAAGAUACCUCACUUCGGGUGAAAACACCUAUGAAUCCGGUAGCGGACAGCAAGUUGUGUUUGCUGGUGGCUGGAAUCCUAUUCUUGAGGCCACUUGGAUCGUUAUUCCUCCUCUUGAAUCUAGUAAAGACUCUGGCGAGAAUAUCUACUUUGGCGACGUCAUUCGGUUGAAGCAUGUGCCUAGUCGCUGCAACCUUCACUCGCAUGAGGGAUUUGAAAGCCCUGUUACCGGGCAACAAGAAGUGACCUGUUUUGGUAACGAUUACGAAAGUGACCCAAACGAUCACUGGCGCGUGGAGAAAUGGGAAUACGAAGAAGAUGAUGAAGGCGACGACGUAUGGCGUGUCGGCAAUUCCUUUAUUUUGCGGCAUGUCGAAACAGGAGCCAAAUUCCAUGAGGAGAGUUUGGAUGAGGAUAGCAAUGAAGUCACUGGUUAUCAAGACGAAGUGGAUGAAAAUGACAGAUGGCGUGUGCUCUUUGAAGAAGCCGAAUAAAUUACAUAAAAUACCACACAGUAGAACAGACGCUCACAAUAUACCAAUAAAACAAAGGAUGCAGUUUUAUCCACCUUUGCCACCGAAAGGCU